CUCAUUCUCCCCCGGCCUUACCUUCGCAGUUCGCACCCUCGUCUGUCGCUUCGCUGUGUCUCUCACUCACGCAUCGCAUCGCAUCGCUGUCCCGCAGCUCGCGUCGCGUGACUCCGUCUCCCUCCCUCGUCGUCGUCGAGCUCCAGCCACCACCAGGCACCAGCGACCAGCGUUGCUCCGUCAAGCAUUGGAGCAGUCGAGCAUGCGUUUUACGUUAUUACAUAUGCUGAUCGCUAGAUCAAAUUGACGGCCAGUAUUGCGAAUCUGUACGGGACAGCAUGGAACGCAAAGAAUCAGGAGACAAACCGAACCCUUCCUAAUCGGACUGCGUCUCUGUGCAGGGUCUCCAGUUGAGAGAGAGGAUCACAGUUCUGCUAAAAGCGCUCGCCGACGAUUGAAGAAAUUUUACCUGCAUGUAGGAGGUUAUAAGCGACUAGUUGAAGAUAUUCAAGCAUCAAGAAGACCUGCUGCAUAAUUACUAUAUCCCUAUUGUUCUGGAGGAAGCAUUUGAGAAAAUGCAGAAACUGGGCGAGUUCAAGCUACCCCAUUUCUUCAAUUAUCCACCAUACUUCACUUUGCAGCCUGUGAGAGACACAAGGGAGAAGCAAGUACAGUUGUGGAAAGAUCUUAUCCUAGAUUACUGCAAAACACAGAAGAUAUUUGUAGUUGGUCUUGAAGACGAAUUCCUUCUAUUUUCAAAUCCUGCAAUUGAAAGAUCCCUGAGUCAUGAAGCCAGAGAAGCCUUCCUGUCUGCAUUAGUUUCAGAAGGACGAGCUGAAUGGAUGGAUAAAGGGCGUAAAAAAUGUCUUAUUCUCUGGCACCGGAUUCAAGAUUGGGCUGAUAUUGUUGUACAAUUUGCAAAAGAUAAUGGAUUGGAAGACGGCGUGGUGACGGUAGAGGAACUGUGCUCAGGGACUGAAUCUCAAGGAACAGAGCUUCAUGGGAUAGACCGCACGAUCUUGAAUCGUGCUUUGAAACUGUUGGAACAGAAAGGGAAGCUUGUCAUCUUCAAGGGAACUUCAGCAGAUGAUGAAGGUGUCAAGUUUUCUUUAUAGUUUAUGAUUUUUGGGUAUGUAUUAAGAGGAUGUCUAUAAUUGCCCGCCUGAUUUGGCUGGAUUGUUGUUUGUUAAGAUCAAGCUAAGGCCCUUGUACUGACUGGGAUAUUCUACUGUCACGCACACAAAAGAGCGAUUCUUCCUGUGCAUACUAAGGAGUAUGGAUCCCAAUUUAUCCCUUGUUUUUCUAGCCAAAAUUACUGUACAUAAAUGCAUUUGUUGUUCCUUAUAAUAUUAGAAUUAAAUUCUUGGCGUUGAA